CACAUUCGUUCGCUCUGUUGCGCCAUCUUUGAAAAUUUCUUUUUCUCGUAGGCACCGACGUGUAGAAAACGUGUUGUGCGUAGCUAGUGCAUAAUUUAUCCUAUUUUCCGGUAAAAUGGGUUUCGUAAAAGUUGUAAAGAACAAACAGUACUUCAAGCGUUAUCAAGUCAGGUUUCGCAGGCGUCGUGAGGGUAAAACUGAUUACUAUGCUCGCAAACGUCUGAUCUUCCAGGAUAAGAAUAAGUACAAUACGCCGAAGUACCGACUGAUUGUUCGUUUAAGCAAUCGCGAUAUCACUUGCCAGAUUGCCUACGCUCGUAUCGAAGGUGAUCGUAUUGUUUGUGCUGCAUACUCGCACGAAUUACCGCGUUAUGGCGUAAAGGUCGGUUUAACUAACUACGCUGCUGCUUAUUGUACUGGAUUGCUUGUAGCUCGUCGUAUCCUGCAGAAGCUUCGCCUCGAUACGUUGUACACUGGUUGUACUGAUGUCACCGGUGAAGAAUAUUUGGUCGAAGCGAUUGAUGAUGGUCCAGGUGCCUUCCGGUGCUAUUUGGACGUUGGUUUGGCUCGUACCUCUACUGGGGCUCGUGUAUUCGGGGCCAUGAAAGGUGCUGUCGAUGGUGGUUUGAAUAUUCCCCACUCCGUCAAACGUUUCCCGGGUUAUAGUGCGGAAAAUAAGACUUUCAAUGCUGAAGUACACCGCUCGCACAUCUUCGGACAGCAUGUUGCAGAUUACAUGCGUACCUUGGAGGAAGAAGAUGAAGAGGCGUACAAACGCCAGUUCAGCAAGUACAUCGGACUCGGAAUCAAGGCUGAUGAUAUUGAGAACAUCUACAAAAAUGCCCAUGCCGCCAUCCGCAAGGAUCCGUCAUUCACUAAGAAGCCGGAAAAGAAGGUCACCAAGAAGCGUCACAACGCUGCCAAACUCAGCUUGGAAGCCCGCAAGGCGAAGAUCGCCAAACACAAGGCCGAAUUCCUCGCCAAGAUCCAGGCCGAUGUGGAAGCUUAAAUUGGUGAAAAAACCUAUUUUCCCAUUCAGGAUCACUCAGCUGAGUAAAGUUAACUCGCUUUCUAGGGAGUAACUAUGUUUUUGAUAAGCGAUUUGUUUAUUCAUGGAAUAAAUGUAUUGUUCUAUUCGGCUGAAAUAUGAGCGAAAAUAAUGGCUUUUUACUACUAAUCACUUUCUAAUAUUUAAGGUACUAUUGUUAAUAUCUAUGCUAAGUGAAAAUAUAUUGGAAAUUGAAAAUUUAAA